AUGUCUGCCCCUAAUACCCUUGAGCAGUCCUCUGGCACCACUCUCUCCCCCGAGCAGAUCGCCGCGUUCCGAAAACGGGGUCCCAAAGGGAUACACGCCGGCAUCACUCCCACCCCGGAAGAUGUCGCCGCGAUGCACUAUCCCUUCGAGCAGUUUGCCGGUACCACGCCUACAUUGCAGCAACUCGCCGCCGCCAAACCGUCCAUGUUACUAGAUACCGACAUUAUCGCUUAUGGUUUUGUUCCACGAAACUCACUCGUAAGGCUGGGCAAGGAGGAAAAUACCGCUAUUGCAGCCGAAAAAGCCCGCGAGUUGAUUAAUUACUUCUCGAAGGAGGAAUCAGAUAUCAAGAAGUUCUUACGCUAA